GGACAGUAGUAAUACGAAACCAGUCUUGUUGGGUUUUGUGCAUGGCCCUGGAGGCUGAAAUCUGCAUUCCAGAUGAAACCUGCAGCAAAUCGGAAGAGCGCCUCGUUUUGUUUUUCUUUAUUCAGCUUCAAGGGCAUUCAGUCUAGCUUACUUUGGCCAGUUGAGAAUUCAGGACACUGCAGGAGCUCCGUGUGAUUUCAGUGGAAGCUUCAGAAAUAUUACUUUGUUUCGAUUUUCAUCUUUCUUUUUUUUGAUGAUGGAUUUACAAAAGAAGAUCUUUAUGAAAGUGGAAAGAUUACGUGAAAGAAUCCUUCAGGAAUUUUCUGCUGACGAACGUUCAGAACUCGUAUACUGGUAUAAGGAAGUAGCAAACUGUAAAAGCCUACUGUUCUCUUCGGGAGACUUGUUUAUAUAGUUGCUCUGCACUUUUUAGCAAGUAGGAAGUUGUGUGUAGCCAGUAGAAUUGCAGGAAUUGGAACAGCAAUCAUUGGUUGAAUUUUCAACUGAGAUUAGUGUGCUGGCAUAUUUGCUGUGACAAAAAGCCCUUUGUGCAAAGGAACAAGUACUGAAGCUGCUGAGAACUUGUAUACGGUGCGUCUUUUUGUUUCUCUUGAAGUAGAGUUUUGAGAUUUGAUAGACACUUCUGGUUAAUAACUGCAGCACUGCGAACCGGAAGGAGGGGUGCUGUGAUCUGGGGGAGACUGGCUUCCUUCCCAGUGUAGAGGAUAGCUUGCUUGUUGCAUUUCCUGUAGUAAAUUAAUAGACUGGACGCAUAUAGUAAACAUUUGUGUAGCAGAUAGUAGCACUGAUAGGAGUAAAACUAUUCUGUAUUCCACUCGACAUGGAAGAAGAAAAUGCAGCACCUGAUUGUGGUGAGCUUUCAGAGCUGGAGAAUACAGCAGAAAGCAAACCUGAUCUUUUCACAACAUUUUCUGUGAAAACACUUCUUGGAUUUACAACUAAAUUGGAAUCAAAAACUUCCAAAGAAGAAACAGUGCUUACAGCAUUUCAACCUUUGCACACCAAUAUAAAUGCUCGUGCUGACAACCAGCAUGAGAGGAAUGAUAAUGAUAGUGAUGACGACUCAGAAAAUCAGCACAGAGUGGGUAGUAACAGUGGGCAAGCUGACUCAAUGCCUCGCAGCCAGACUGACCAGGAACUGGAGUUAGCUGAGCAGAAUGAAUUGCUUUGUCACCAUUUAAGGUUUGUACAGACUUCUUUGUCCAAAUCUGACAACGAUGACAAGGAUGCUAUUCUUGUGCAAGGUACUUUGGUUCAUACAACGAGUGAUACAGAGUCGGACAGUGAGAGUAAGGACCUGGACACCGAUGAAAACAAAACUAUCAAAUCUGUGCUAAAUAAUGCUGCUUUGUCUGCUGAGCCUUUGGACAAUAACAAUCAAAAUAAGGAAGAGUCAGAAUCAGAAGGGUACAACGAUAGUGAUGACACUGUGAACAGAGAUGAAAUGGAGUUACGCCCACCACUUUCUAAGCAGCUUGCAGCAGGGCUGGGUGGUAUUCUGGAUCAUGACUCUGAAGGAAAGGAUAAGAUGUUAAUGGAUGAGCACUUAAGUCACUUGCUUGCUAUAGGGAAAAGCCCUCAAGAACUUCCAGAUGAAGAACAGAGACCUUCAGCUGAUAAUACCUCUCUCCAAAAAACAGCACUGGUUGAAAAGACUUUUCAGCUGCCUGCUUUCUUUAGUGGACUACGUGUGAGGAAAAAAGGACUAACCACAGAGGAUGGGGAGACUGUUACAGAAAUUAAACCAAGGGAGGAUGAUUUAGCUCUGCUUAAAUUACGACAGCCUGUUAGAAAAUCUAGUAUUACAUCAGGUUUGACCACUAAAAAAAAGUCAGCUGAACUUAAAACAAGUCCUACUUUCCUGGAACAACUCUCUCACUUGUUAAACAUAGAUGUCUCCAAGAAUGAAGAGAGAGAAGAUGAUUCUGGCGAGGGUUCUGGUGGGACUGAGGACAGUGAUGAAGCUCAAGAGAACAAAGCCUCUGGCAAAACAGAACCACGUUUUCCCUCUGAGGAAAUAAAAUCAAGCCCUGCUGAAUCUGCGCUGGAUGUCUUUAAAGCUUUAUUCACACGGCCUCCCAAAAAAGAAACAACUGCAGAUACUUCAGAGCUGGAAGCCAUAAAACGCAAAAUGAGAAGUGAAAAAGAGUCCUUGAAAGCUGUAUUCGAAAGGUCAAAAUCAAAACCUGGGGAUGGACCAUCAGACAAAUCUCCUGACCUGAGUCCCUCAGAGCAAGAUGACAAGACUCCAGGGAGACUCCAGACUGUGUGGCCACCACCAAAAGCACAGCAUGAAGAAGGAAAAGUAGGAUUAAAGUACACAGAAGCAGAGUACCAAGCUGCCAUUUUGCAUUUAAAGAGGGAACACAAAGAAGAAAUCGAAACAUUGAAGUCUCAGUUUGAACUCAGGGUAUUCCAUAUUCGUGGAGAACAUGCUGUAUCAACUGCACAGCUUGAGGAAACCAUUGCACAUCUGAAGAAUGAACUGGAAAAUAAAUUAAAUAGAAGAAAUGAAGAAGCAAGGGAUAUUGGUGUAUCUACUGAAGAUGAUAACCCACCAAAGACAUACAGAAAUGUAUACAUACAGACUGAUAGAGAAACUUUCAUAAAGCCUAGCGAAGAAGAAAACAGAGCUGUGAAAAAUAACCAAACAGUACCCAAAAAGCUUAAUAUUUCUUCUUUGACUCAUAGUAUUUCUGCCCAAAGUGAAAAUAAGGAAAUAUGUUACAAUGUACAGUCUUCAGAAAGUGGCUUAUCCUGUCAGCCAAAACAAAUGCUGCCUCUUCCUUCACCACCGCCGCCACCACCACUUCCUCCUCCUCUUCCGAAUUCUUCACUACCAGGUUUAGUCCCUCCACCACCACCUUUACCACCAGGUCUGACUUCACUGACAUCCCACUUUGGAUCUGGGCCACCACUGCCACUGCCACUUUCUGAGGACUGUAGGAAUAUUCAAGCACCGCCACCGCUGCCACCGCCGCUUCCAGGGUUGGGCCCUCCUGUUCCUCCUCCGCUGCCUGGAUCUGGGUUGCCUCCACCCCCUCCGCCUCUUGGGCCUGGAUUCUUUCUUAAUAGCACUUUAUCUUCAAGCCAGGGUCCUCGGAAACCUGCCAUUGAACCUAGCCGUCCCAUGAAGCCUUUGUAUUGGACCCGCAUACAAUUACAAGGCAGCAGGAAAACUGCUAUGCCAACAUUGUGGGAUUCACUAGAAGAACCUGAUUUACUUGAUACAACUGAGUUUGAAUACUUAUUCUCCAAAGAUACCACUCAGGAAAAAAGAAAACCACUAUCAGAGACUUAUGAAAAAAAAACAAAGGCCAAAAAGAUUAUCAAAUUGUUGGAUGGAAAACGAUCUCAAACUGUAGGAAUUUUAAUAUCGAGUUUGCACCUGGAAAUGAAGGAUAUUCAGCAAGCUAUACUGUGUGUUGAUGACUCAGUGGUAGAUCUGGAAACACUGGAAGCACUAUAUGAAAAUAGAGCACAAAAGGAUGAACUGGAAAAAAUCAAGCAACAUUAUCAGACUUUGAAAGAGGAGGAACUGAAGUUCCUGGAUAAACCAGAACAAUUUUUAUACGAGUUAUCUCAGAUCCCUAACUUCACAGAACGAGCCCAGUGCAUUAUCUUCCAGUCAGUUUUCUCUGAAGGGAUAACAUCAGUGCACCGGAAAGUUGAUAUCAUAACUCGAGUUUCCAAGGCUUUGCUGAACAUGACAAGUGUAAAGGAAAUUUUAGGUUUGAUUCUGGCUUUUGGAAAUUAUAUGAAUGGUGGAAACAGGACACGAGGUCAAGCUGAUGGAUUUGGUUUGGAAAUACUCCCCAAACUGAAGGAUGUCAAAAGCAGAGAUAAUGGUAUCAAUCUUGUGGAUUAUGUUGUCAUAUAUUACCUACGCCAUUGUGAUAAGGAAGCAGGAACAGACAAGAGUAUUUUUCCUUUACCAGAACCACAGGAUUUUUUCCAGGCCUCCCAAGUUAAGUUUGAAGACCUAAUAAAAGACUUAAGGAAACUGAAGAGAGAUCUAGAAGUCUCUGAAAAGCAGAUGAAAUUAGUUUGCAGAGAGUCUUCAGAAGAGCAUCUCCAGCCCUUCAAGAAGAAAUUAGAAGAAUUCUUCCAGAAAGCUAAAGAAGAACAUAAAAAAGAAGAGAGCAGUUUGGAAAAUGCACAAAAAUGCUUUGAAGAAACAGUGGGAUACUUUGGGAUAAAGCCAAAGCCUGGUGAGAAGGAGAUCACACCAAACUAUGUUUUCACGGUGUGGUAUGAGUUCUGCAGUGACUUCAAGACCAUUUGGAAGCGCGAGAGCAAAAGCAUUUCCAAGGAAAGAUCUAAUGGACAUCAAGGAAAGAUUAUUCCCUCAGGAAUUAAAGUGGCUCAGCAAUCAGUAAGCAAGUUAACUGCAGAGAAGAAAGUUGAAACAAAGAAAAUCAAUCCUACAGCUAGCCUGAAAGAAAGACUACGUCAGAAGGAAGCCAAUGUGACCACCAACUGAAAGAAGACGCAUGAAAAUAAUGAGAGUGUGACUUAAUACCUUGCAUGAUGCUUUACUAUGCCCAUUCCCAAGGGAGCACCUUAUGUUAGAUGUUGAAUUCUGCUUUGCUGAUCUGUUCCAAGACAAUCCACUAAUGAGUUUUCAGUUCCUUCGAAGGGGUUUGUACAAUAAGUAGAGAGAGUUCUCUUAGAAUUUGUUUACAUGCUAACUCUAGAAUGAUUUUCUGUAACUCUUCCUUACAUUGCUUAAAAUGUAUCUAUUUUUAAUGGUUAUUUGAAGUACUCUAUGCAUAAUGCAUUAAUAUGGAAGAGCUAUUAUCUUGAUGCUGAGUUAAGCAAUGACUAACAACCUGUAGGUUAUUUACAGAGACUUUGUGUAGAUUAUAGGAAAUAUGUCAUUCAGCUCACAAGAGACUAUUACACCAUAUUUUUUUGUUACUUCAGUAGUAACUGAGGUAAAAUAGAUUGAUGCUAAAUAAUUUUAUAGUGUCUAAGUAUUGGAUGCAUCUUUCUAAAACUGAUUACAUCUAAUAAUAGAUUUAUUCUGUAUUUUACUAUAAGUAUUUUUGUAGAAGCCUCAGCUUAUGUCAUACAUUGAAAUGGAAACGAUAUUUUGCACAUGAAAGAAAUAGCUUCAAAUUCUAUAGUUGUAUGAUUGAAGGCAUAACUGGUUCAUUACUUUCAUGGUUUUGACCUAACAUCUCCUACAUUCUGAACUCCAAAGGAAAAAUGAUAAAAAUAUAUAUUUUUAUUUCAGUGUGUAUUGAAACUAUGACCUCCAUAAAAUAAUGUAUUUAUUAGUCAUUUUUCAUUGAACUAAAAUACAAUAAUGUAUCUCCCUAAAGUCAUACGUUGACCAUUACAUCUCGGGCUUUCAAGUCUAUUGACAGCUUUCUUUUAAACUGAAUAUCUCACUCUAGAACAUAUUUUGCAGCCCACUCUUGUCUCCCUGGUUUUGUAUGAAUUAAGUGUCAAGGAAGAAAUAAGAGAAUCUUGCUGUCAUCUUGGAACAUUAUAACCAUUGCGUGUAAAGUAACAUUUAGAUCCUGAAAAAGCCUAGAGAAUAUCCACUGUUACUUGAAGAUUUUGACUGCAUUUUAAGGAUUCAGAUGCAAGGAGAUGUCUUGCAGCAGGAAUUAGUUUAAGGUAAAACAGAAAAGUGACUCAAAUACAAAUACAGUAAUGACCUAUAAAUAGGAACAACAAACUGGAGAAAACAUGCUUCUGAUUGCUGUUCAUAAGGAAGAAAUUCCCUUUCUUAUGAUAAGGGUGUCUGAAUUUUGUGAGCAAUAGAGAAGUUAGGUGAAGCAAAAAAGUACAAAAAUAUAAUGGGGAGAAGGCAUUAAUCCUUUGCUUUAGUAGAUGGAAAGAAUAUACAUGAAAGUAACGUUAUGGGUUAUCCAUAUAGCAAAUUAGAGAAUCUGUGAUAAGACGUAGGGUAAAGUCGGCACUAGAAAUGUAUGCUUAUUAAAGAAAACCACAGUUUGGAGACCCCAUUCGUGAAUGUAACUUGAAGAUUUCAUAUGUUGCAGGUUUCUUACAUAGUUAUUUCUGUCAUUCCUGCAUAAAUAAAAAUAAGGGAAUCAGGUUUGCCCUGUACGUUUUAGAGUUUCUAACUGCUACAGAAACAUUUGAGAUUUGUAAGCAUAGUUCAUAUGAAAGCAGUCAAUAGCAGACCAGCAAAUAUAAACUAACUUGUAGUUUCAUUUUUGUUUUUCAUGAUUAAUGAGGAUAUUUGUGGGGAAAAAAGUUUGCUAGGUAUUCCCAUUGAAGAAAAGUAAAUUCCAAAGAUCUAAGCUUUCAGUCUUCCAACAAAUGUGUAAAGUACAUUUAUUUCUAACAUUGUUAGUGAUAAACAACAGGAGCAAUAAUGCUUAUACAAGCCAAAGAAUAAAAGUAAGCAAGACAGUUCCGAUGAGUCUUUAAGUAGAGCUUUCAUAUGGUUUUCUACCUACUAUGAAGAUAGUGUAUAUUGCCAUUUGAGUUGAUUGGGAAUUUUUCAAUGAACUGUUCUUACUUGAAAAAUCAGUCAACAAAACUAGUACUGUUUGUGAGAAAGGAUUGGUCUUGAAAAUUCUCGUGAAAAGUAUAUUAUGUGAAAAAGGCUUUAAAAUUUUGAUAUAUCCUGUUUCAAAAUUUCUUAAUACAAAGUUUCAUUUUUCAGUUCCAAUUGACUUUUCAUUUAGAAGUGUUGAAUAAUGUACACAAAAAGGGAUUACAAUUAAAAUUAUUGAUGUAAAGCA